AUGUCGCCGUCGCUCUUCUCCGAUUCGUUCGCCUCAAGAACGGUCGACUUGGUGGGGGUGAGCUUGCCCCACUUUGUCACCAGCCAUGAGGAGUCCCUGGAUCUUCUCUUGCGCGAGUCGGAUCAUCUGGGCCGCCGGAUCCAGUCUCUGGCGUCCAUAAUGAGGAAAUUUGAUAUCCCCGUCUCCUCCGACAAGCCCAAAAAGCUGCUGUUUCUCAUGUCACGCGCAGCUGUGAUAAUCUCCAAGACUAUGAAGAAUUAUUCCAAGGAGGAUGCUACUUCUUCAAAGCUUCUUCACCGUGCCCACUGGGAAUCUAUAUGGGGCAGUCAGAUGGCAAGCCAUGGUGUCUUCGAUGAUGCAGCCACACUGAGUCCUAUGCAAUUCACGCCAUCCACACCUGGUAUUACUCCCUACUCUGCUACCACCUGCCCAGCAUUGCAGAUCUACUCUAUCAAAAUUGUUGACCUCAACGUCAACUUGAGCUGGCCGCUCCGAGUGUACGGUGUUGUCGCCGCCAGAGACACUGUGGACCGCAACCGCAACCUUCUCUUCUACCGGUCCAGGGCUAACUACCAAUUAGUCGAGAAAGAUGAUCCUUUUUUGCGCUUGACUGGCCCGUCUCGCGCAAUUUUGGCCAGCAACCCGGUGACAUUUGAAGUUGAACUAAAAACUGUGUAUCCUGGAGCGGAGCCGGAUCCCCAAGGCGCAUUGCUCUCUUGCGUCUAUGAUUGGCGCGCCGUGCAGGAUACCACCCCUAUGUUCCUUGGCUAUGCUUGUUCUGCACAGUUAAGCCUUGAGCAACUUCCUAGAGCAAUCCAGGCCACUAUCAUGGGUGUCCACAUUGUUGAUGGCUCAUGGCCUCCUAAAUAUGGAUGCCGGGUUUCUUGCUCCUUGUCUGCUCCAGAUGAUCCCACUCCUAGGGAAGUGUUGUUGCUUGAUUGUUCCCGUUCUGAUGCUGAAAAAAAAAAGCCCUGUUGGAUCAGAUGGCUACUUUGGUCUGGCAAGGAAUGUUGUUUCAGCUGA